AUGGACUGGAUUGCGCUGCCCUGGUUUCCAAUUGUGUACGGAGCCGUCGACGGGUGCCUUGUUAUGGGAAUCCCGGCGUUCAACUUGACGGCGUUGGUGGAUGAUCAAAAGCGGUUCAUGGCCUACUCGCUGCGACCGGGGUCCCAGAACGACCGUAUGUUGUUUCGCAACUCCAUCUUUGGGUCGGCAAGGUGCAUUCCCUCUGGUGGCUUUAUUUUAGCUGAUGCCGGCUACACGUUCUAG